UACACGCGGCUAUGAAUUUUGAAGUGCGGUGUAGCACGUGAAAAGUCUGUGAAACGUGUGGGUUUUUAAUUUAACAUGGAGAAAAGGCCACACUCCAUCCCUGUGCCAAGAUUAUACAAAGAGGCUGCAAAGCUUCUGAAACGGUAUGAAAAUAAAGAGGGAACCAUCAAGAACCUGGUGCUCAGUAAUAGGAAAUACCGGAAUUAUCAAACUAUUUCAGCAUUGAUGUGCAAAACUGUUCAGAAUGCAACAAGAAUACAAACAGCCAUUGCUGCUUCCAGCCUUUUAGUAGAACAGCCACAGUUUGAUCCACACCUUGCAAAGAUUUUGACUUCUGAACUCAUCAAUAAGGGACGUUUACCUGGAAAGAGCAAGCCAGAACAAAUACUUCUUCAAUAUGAAGAUAAAAUAAGGAAGAUAAUUGGUACAGAUCUGAAUGCAAACAAUGAAGAAAAAAAGAAGGAUUCCCUGCCCAGGUAUGCCAGAAUCAACACCCUGAUUACAAGUGCUGACAGAGUCCAUAGCCACUUAGCCAGGGAAGGAUGGAGAUAUGAAGAACAUGACUUUAGUUCAUAUGAUGAUUUUUUGGACUGUAUACAGAAUUUGGAUGCUGACAGUUACGUGGUUGAUUACCACAUGAAAGAUCUUCUGGUUUUCCCUCCCAACACACCCUUUUGGAAUGACUUGUUAUACAGAAAAGGAGCCAUAAUCUUGCAGGAUAAGGCUAGUUGUCUGCCAGUUUUCCUGAGUGAUAUUAAAUCAGGAUCAAAUAUAAUAGAUGCUUGUGCUGCUCCUGGGAACAAGACUUCACAUAUUGCAGCUGUUAUUGAUAAUGAAGGGAAGGUCUUGGCUGUGGAAAAGGACAGUACACGAUUUGCAACACUCCAGAAGCUGCUGAAGGAACGAGGAGUGGAGUGCACCACCUUUGAGAACAGGGACUUCACUAAGCUCUCACUUGAUUUGUAUGGGGAAGCUCAUUACAUCUUCCUGGACCCAACCUGCUCUGCUAGUGGACUAAAUAUCAUCAAAGAUAAUAUUUCGCCACAGCGCAUCAGAGGACUAGCAUCAUUUCAAAUACAUCUUCUUCAGUUUGCACUUUCAUUUCCGUUUGUAGAAGAAGUUAUAUAUUCAACUUGUUCUGUAUAUGAAGAAGAGAAUGAGGAAGUCGUUGAGGAGGCUUUGAAAGUUUAUGGCCAUCAGUUUGAGCUUGAAGAUAUUGGGAAAAAACUUGAUGGCUGGAAGCAUUAUGGAAAAGAAGGCUUUGACUUUGGAAGCAAGUGUGUAAGAACUGUUCCUGAUGUGGACAGAUGCCAUGGUUUCUUUGUGGCAAAAUUUGUAAGGAAAGCAGAACCAGAUGGAGAAGGGUCAUCCAAAGGUGCAGAGAAUCACUGUACUGAAGAUGUUGAAGCUGGCAAUGAGGAACAUGGAGAGACACUAAAGGACAAUGCGGUUUCUUGUAACGGUGAACUAAGGGAGGACUUGGAGGAGGCAGAGCAAAAUCAUGGUGAUGACCAGACUCAAAAGAAAAAGAAGAGGAAGAAAAAGAAGUCAGCUAAAGUUGAUGGUGGUGAGGUACACAGUGAAGAAACAGAGGAGAAUAAUGCUGUUUCAUGUGAAAGUGAAUCAAGGGAGAUUGUGGAGGAGGCAGAAGAUAGUCAUGUUGAAAAUGAUAACCUAAAGAAAAAGAAGAAAAAGAAAAAGAAGAAGUCAGACAGAGGUGCAGGUGAAGAAGCAGGUGAUGAGGAAAAUAGAAGAGAUAGAGUGGACUUAAUGGAGGUAGAAGACAAUAAUGGAGACCAUACUCAAAAGAAGAAGAAAAGGAAAACUAGAGAUGCUGGGAUACACACUGGAGAAACAGAGACAAACAAUAUGGAGGAAUUAGAAGACAAUCAAGAUGAAGACUGUACCCAAAAGAAAAAGAAGAAGAAGAAGACAGUCAGAGAUGAAGGUGAUAAGAAAAAAAAUGGACACAGAGUGAAGUACGAUGCCGGUUCAGGCAAAAGUGAAUUAGGAGAGGACUUCGAGCAGGUGGAGGACAAUCAUGAUUUAGAUUGUACUAGAAAAAAGAAAAAAAAGAAGCGGUCAAGGGAAUCGGAAUCAGGGUCAGGAAAAUCUGAUGAUAAUCUUUUAGAGAGUAAUCAUCUAGAAGAAAAAAAUAUUAAGAAGAAAAAGAAUUCCCUAAGCAAUAAAAAUGACUAAGAGAAGGAAGUAAUAUAGUUGAAGAAUACCCUGAAACUAAUUCCCAAAAUAAUAAUGGUGUCAAAAGAAGAAAACUUUAUUGAUUUUUGAAGAAUAACUUCAAAAUAACUCCUUAACAUCUGUAACAUUAUGGAUGAUUAAUCUUAAAAGUGAA